GCGUAGAUCUCAAAAAGUUUGUUCAAAAACUGCACCUCGACCAAAUGGACUAUGGAGAAUUAACGGACAAAGAUGUAGAGAAAUUUUACGAAUUCGUUGGUCCUGAUUUUGCUUGGCCUCCUACAAUGAAGAACUGCGAGCGCCGUCUCAUCUUUGAUUGUGUUACCGAUCCUGAGGAAAGACAAGGAGAAGAAUAUGCAAAAAAUGUUAUUGCAUAUCGGCGCUUCACCGAGGCUGGACAAUUUGAUCCGUCUAAAGGUACUCAUGUCUUGAUCAUUGACGGAAAGAUAGUCCGUUAUGGACCAAAAUUAUGGGGCAAGGAACACGAAGAAAUGGUGUCGAAGAAUCCAGAAUUGUUGUACGCGCCUCUUAUAGAAGAGGUAGUCGGAAGAAGGAGUGGCAG